GCGUCGCGGGUGCGUGCCGAUGUACUAGCUACCUGGAUGCUGGAUGGGUAGACACUACCCGUACCCCGUACUCCGUACCCAGGCAUGUAUUCGUACACCCAACGCAUACCCCAUCCGUCCAUCAAUCCAGCCAGCCGCGGAACCGGGCCACAGCCAGCACAUGCCCAAUCCAAUCCAACGUUCCGAGCCAAGUCCAAGAAACAGACCAAAAACAGCCCAACAACAAACCCAAAUCCAAAUCAAGGCAGACAGACAGUCUCAAACACGCCCGCACGCACACACAGCCCACCUACCCAAACCAGCCAAACACCCACUCACCCACCCCGCACAAAGAUAGCUAAGUAUGUUUCAAACCAACCCACCAAGUCUCACCCACCAGCGCACAACCCGUGUUCUAGACUACAUCGCCAUCACUAUCACAAACAACCAAACAACCAGCUUGUUCUUGUUCUUGUUCGUACGGAGUACAUGCUACUUACUUCACAUGCCAUGCCUACCCGCACACGUAAUCACGGCAUGUACGGAGUAUGUACGCGUUUACUCAGCACCAUCACUCAGCACCACCUCCCCACCUACCCGACAUACACACCCAGCAACCAACCAACCAACCAAGCCGCGCGAUCCGCGUGCCUGCCCGCACCCGCCCGCACCCGCACCAAGCCGACCAAACCAGGCAGACCCCCAAACCCACCCCGAGCCGAGCGCGCAAGCAGCAAGCAGCAAGCAACAAGCACGCAUGCACGUGUGCAGCGGUUCCCGUGCGUGUGCAGGACAGGGAUGCCAUUGGAGUGGGGCUCUCAGCUACCCUGACCCAGGACCCCGACCAUGCAGACGCAGACGCAGACGCAUAUACGCAUGUAUGUGUAAGAAAGCUGCGUUGUGAGGUUUGAUGGAUGAGGUGGGCGAGGCUUGGGCACGUUGCGUUGCGUUGCUUUGCUUUGCAUCGCAUCGCGUCGCGUGCACUGCCUUGGGUGCGGUGUAGAGAUGUGUGGAUGUAUGGUGUAUGGAUAGUAAAGUCUGCUUUAUUGAAGCCGUAUGCUGUGCGCUGCGUGCGCUGUAAAGUGUACAUUCACACGUACACCGCCUACACA